AUGAUCAUACGAGUGACGUGCGAGUCGGAGGGGGGCGCGCAGUGCCCGCAGUGGGCGCUCGUGGAGCUGCAGGGCGAGCUGCGCGCCGACUUGCCCGCGCUCGCCUCCGCGCUGCCCGCCUCCGCGUUGCGAGGCGACGACGGGGGAAACGGCCGCGAGGGGUCGGUUCUUGGAAGCGCGGAAGGCAGCGGCUCAGGUGACUGUGACGCGGGGCGCGCGUGGGCGGAAGGGUGCACUCCAAUCGGCGUGCUGACGUGCCCGCGACAGGGAGCAGUGCGGCUGCAGGUGGGGCACCAUCAGCUGGAGGGCGCCAUGGCAGCGCUGCCCAAGCCGCUCGUGCUGCUCAGGAAGACAGCCGUGUCACUGCUGCCACAGGGGCGGCAGAGAGAGGCAGCAGCAGCCGAGGCAGAGAGGGGGGCGGCAGACGCGUGGAGGGAUGGGGCAGAGGGGAUGGAUGUGGAGGGUGGGAGGCAGGAGGGCAGGGGUGCUGAGGGCACAGCAGGGCUGGGUGCUGUGGGAGGGGCAGGGGAGGGGGAGGCAAGUGUGGGGUACCGAGUGGAGGGGGUGAUUCGCUGCAAGCUCAUCUUCAAGACGCGUCCCAAGCUCGUUCUCUCGGGCGCCCGGUAG